GCGUCCAAAACCACCGACUCAGCACUCCAAUGAAGCGAACACGCCACAUACCGAGGCAAAACGCGCCCAAUCACGUCCGUGUCGAAGAAAGCAGCUCGGAGAGCGCGUCAGAGCUUCGACCUCCCAUGCCACCAUAUCCUCGCGCCGUGGAAUUCCCAAACCCAAGCUCUGCUGAUCCCAAGAACUUAAGGCCACCUCGCUCACCUCAACCUCGAUACCGUGCGGUUUCUCCUUCUUUUGAAGUAUCUUCGGCCAAAGAUUUGAAAGAGUCUGAGCUGGGUGCCGAAUCGUUGGGGUUUAACUCUAUUUCUGCGCCGCGUGACAACCCGGUCGGGAACAAGCAUCACAAAUCCUCCCGUUUGCAGCCUCCGAGAGUCUCUUCUGCUCGUUACCGGAGCCGUUCACCCUCUAAUCUUCCCCCCAGACGAGAAAGGCACAUUGCAGACGAUAUUUCCUCAUCUGAUGAAGCGGGACACCCGUAUCGGAAGUCUAUGGCCCCCCAGCCCCAACUGCAGCAUGUCCUUCCGUCGCCCCGAUCUAAAGAUGGAAGCACUACUGUUAGAGGCAGAGAUGGUGGUUUGGCUGCUCCACCAGUCGCAGAAGUCCCUCUUUCCCCAUUCACUGGCGAUGCCGUCCAGAAGAGAGCGGGACGUUUCGAUACUCCCCAAAGGAUUGCCAUAUCCGGUCAAUAUCGGCUUGCCGAAGGGAGUAACCAGGCUACACCACCCUACGCUGCAAUGAUGAUGCCAAGGCCGCAGGCUCUCGACCAACCCCCGUCUUCUGUUCCGUCGCCUUCACCCACCGGGAAUCGUAUUGACUCUUAUGUGGGGCCCAUUGACCCCAGGGCCACUCCCACUGAGGGGAGUAAAAGCUUUGUCUCCUCAUCUCGGGUCACGUUUGCAUCUCGUCCGCGAGCGUCAACUUUCAAUCUUGGCGGGAGAAGCGAAGCGAACCCACGAAAACCGAAUUUGGAUAGGAAAAUACCUGAAGUCAAGGCCAUAAGUGAUAUCAAUGCAUCUAAGGACCAAACGAGGAAUGGCCUUCCGGCGUCCAAUGAGGAAUUUAGAUCAGAAGUCUCCGAUGCUGACAGUCAAACCUCCCAGAUCGUGAUUGAUGAGGAAAGGAGUCGUUCUCAGAAGAGGGAACUUAAGCCUGGCUUACGCUCGAAAAGUGUUGGACAUUCUUCGCAUUCUGCGUUCCGCAGUCACAAAAUUUCCCCAACGAUUGCUUUUGACAAGUCGAAACGAGAUCCGCUUCCAGUGAGUUUGGAUAUCGUCACAGACCAUCAAGACGCUACUGGAGGAAUCCCGAAAUCAUCUCGCAUCCCGCAACACGCAUCUCAAACGAGGAAAAAAGGAGCCGUCUCGUUCGCUCCAGGGAACGAGUAUGUCUCAGGUCGUACUCAGACAGUUGACACAAAGAAAAGUCGUGCCGAAUCAAAUAGCCUUACUGAAGCGCGGAGGCUUGAUACACCUGCUCCUCUUCCCCAAGGUCCUCUCGCGAGGCCCCGCAACACAAUAAAUGAGUCGGGAGGCGACUUGCAUGUAUCAGAACAUUUCGUGCCUGGUUCGCCGAGUGCCCAUCCCCAUGAAGAGAAACUCGAUACAACGCCGAUCAUUCCGUCCUUCACCACGGUGCACCAGGAUACACAUUCUCAGCCGUCUUGUGGUCAAGGUACUCCGCAUGCGAAUGCUCAGGCUCAAAAUUUUUGUAUCUUUAACUCGCCCGGCGUGUCUCAAGCCACAGCUGUUCAUCCUGCUACUGAUAGAAAGAAGAGAUUGUCUGCUCUCAAAAGGAUCACGCUUACCCAAACUGCACAGCCCGAACAACGGCGCCUUGCUAGGGACCUUUCUCACGUUGGUGAUUACUCUCGGUCACCAGGUCCCACUUCGGCGAAUGACGCAUCUCCUUUAUCUAAUCCUUUGUUCUUGGCUUUGACAGACGCACUGUCUCAAUCGAACCCGAGUGCUCUUCAUUCCGCCGGCUAUCCUCGGUUGUCUUGGCUUGGCGACAAUGAUGCCGAGGAACAAUAUUGGACACCAGUUGAUGACUCAGCCCAGAAGCCUGCGGCUGGUCAUUUUCCCUCAGUGUCUAGUCCAAUCUCAUAUGUCGUCGCACCCAAAAUCCGGGGGAAUAAAAACUCUCCGCCAGAACAGCCCGCCGUCCAGAGCGCAUUUUCUAGCUUCCAAAGCGACCUCUCUUCGCUGGUGACCGACGAACCUUCUGUUUCAGAUACUGGUACAUCUAUCAGUGCUCCAGCCGAGGAGCUGUUCAAGACUCUGGAGGACUCAAGACAAGAUGAGAAUCAUUCAUCGUCUACGCGCCAUCACAAUGACCUCAGUGGUGUUGAGCCGAAAACGUGGAGAGAGACAUUAACUGAUGAUGCUUAUGCUGCUCUACUUGCUAAAUAUGACGUGUUUGAAAUGCGACGCCAGGAAGUGAUCUGGGAAUUGCGUCGAUCAGAAUCGGACUUCAUCGCUGACUUGCAAACAGCAGUUCGCCUCUUUGUACAACCUCUUCGUGUCGAACACAAUACGCGGUGGAUCCCAGGUCUGAACUCAGACAUUGCAAAACUUUUCGACUGGCUGGAUGAUAUCGCUCAGCUCCACAGAAGAUUACUUUCAACAAUGCAAGGAUGCAGAGAAAACCAGUUCCCUAUUGUCACUCAAAUUGCCGAGUCACUUCGUCCUUUUGUCUCAGAACUUGAGGUCUAUCAGCCUUACUUAGUUCACCUCGAUGACUGUAUAGACUGGAUUGAAGGCGUUGCUCUUAAUCCAGACAGUGAUUUUGGGGAAUUCAUUAGGAUACAGUCCAUGGCCCCCGAAUGCCCAGCCUCUCUUUCAGUCUUAUUGCAGAAGCCCGUUCAGCGAUUACUCAGGUAUCCUUCUCGCUUCAAGGAAUUACUGAGUCUGACGCCUCAUCGUCAUCCUGAUCACUUGAGCAUGUUCUCAUUACUUCAUAGCACCGAACUGGUCAUCAGGGUUCUUCAGACCGUUAAACUGCGGGAGUCGGAAUACACAACAGUUAAGCACUUGGCUGCAAAGAUUCAUGGCCUUCCGACGGAGUUUGAGCUCGCCAGCAGAGAGCGAAGAUUAAUAGCGCAAGGCCCUCUUCUUAGGUUACGUCCUGCAGAAGGGGAUCCAAAUAAUGAGAUUCCACCUUUACGUACUCCUCUCAUCAGAAAAUACAGCCCAGACCCGUUGUCACCAGACUCUGGCUCUCCUACUUUGGGAUCCAAAAAAUACAAGGAACGUCACUCGCCGCGUCGUACACCCAAGAACACUUAUGACCACUCCAUGUCUAACAUCCGACACCGUGAUAACACUCCCGAUACCUCGGUAAACAUCAAGGUUGUGAUAACAAAAGCUGAAGAGCCAGAAGCCGACGGAGCCUUUGAAGAGGACAAAUGGAUAUACGCCUUCGUCUUCACUGACGUCGUUGUCCUUACGGAGACCCUGGAGUGGACGGCUCCAAUCUCAAGGCAUCAUGGAAUGGAUUCACCACUUGAGGAUUCAUGGGAUCUGUUGGAAGACAUUGGACUAGCUCGAGUUCUUGGCUUUUCUGACCUAUCGACUCAAGCGCGAGGCCACUUGAUUGCUGUGGAUCUUCUGCCUCUGGAUGUUGGAUCAACCGAGCAUCUCCAUUCCUCCGCCACUCGGACGUAUUUCAGUUUGCAAGCUUCAUCGGAAGUGGGUCCAAACAACGUUUCGACUGUGCUGGGUGAUGCUCGUCAGCAAUGGAAUGUCGCCUUCGGUCGGUGCUACGUCUACACUUUACGUUCUUUGUGUUUCCCAGAAGCAUACAGUAUGGAUGGCUCAAGGAAAGAUACCCGUCCAAGAACGAUUUUGUCCGUCUUAUCAUCCGGUCAACCCCUCCCAAGGAGCCCCUCACUACAACUUCAGGACACACGGCUGGAUUCUGUUAACCAAGAGCGAGAGGAGCGCGUUUGGUGGGCUAUGCGCUUUCGUCAGAUCCUUGAAGAAGUGACUUCGAGAGAUGAUGUUGAGGACUUCACGCCACCUGUGCAAUCCGACAUGAAAGACAACGUUUUCGACGACCACAAUCUGGCACCAAAUCAAGCCUCAAAUCGAUCCACGUCAUUGUUCAAAGAAGCAACAUCAAAGCUUUUCCGACUCAGGCGAUAA